AUGACGGAUCAAUUUGCUUUCACGUAUCCAUCUCCAUUGGAAGGCUAUGAAAACCUGGAGCCGCUAUCCGAGGAGAGGAAUGACGACGGCAAAUCACUGAAGAAUCCCCAGCACGGCGUACUCAGCAAAGCCUACGAAGAAUUCCCAGACCCGUUGACUAAAGGCCGUCGCGGCGGAUUCGACAUCCACAUCUACCACUUCCAGAGCAACCCAGACCAAGUCGCACACGCCCGAGCACUCUACGAACGUAUCCGUCGUGAAUUCCCCGAACUACGAAUCUACACCUUUUUCGACAAACCUGUCGGUCCACAUCCGGUAGCCAUGUUCGAAGUCAAUCUAUUCUCGCCGGCGCAGUUUGGCGCUUUUGUUCCGUGGCUGGUCAUUCAUCGCGGCCCGUUGAGUGCGUUGAUCCACCCUAAUACCCAUGACGAGUCGGAGGAAGAGAGGAAUCAUACGCAAAGGGCGACGUGGUUGGGGGAUCGGAUUCCGUUGGACUUGAGCAUUUUUAAGUCGAUGAAGGAGCAGGAAAAAAAGAAGGAGGAGGAGGCUGAGAAGGCAAAGGGUGGGAAAUUGUAG